AUGUUUGCCCAAAGAGCCACUUCGGUAUUGCGUGCUUCUGCCACCCACGCCGCCGCCGCCUCGAGAUACUCGGCCUUCGGCAACUCUUCUUUCCUCGCCUCCCAGGUGUCUCUCACCAUGGCCAGGCUCUAUUCGUCCAAGUUCCCUGACCACACCGUGAUCCACAUGCCUGCCUUGUCUCCUACAAUGACUCAGGGUGGCAUCAUGUCGUGGAGCAAGAACGUGGGUGACCAAUUGUCUCCAGGUGAGCCCAUUGCUGAGAUUGAGACCGACAAGGCUUCGAUGGACUUUGAGUUCCAGGAGGAAGGCUACUUGGCCAAGAUCUUGGUUGAAGCUGGUGCCCAGGAUGUGCCCGUUGGUAAGCCAAUUGCUGUGUACGUUGAAGAAGCUGACGAUGUGCCAGCGUUCGAAACUUUCACCGCGGAGGACGCCGGCGAGGCUCCUGCUGCUGCUGCUCCUAAGGAGGAGGCCAAGGAAGAGCCUAAGGAAGAGCCAAAGAAGGAGGAGCCAAAGAAGGACGAGGGUGCAUCUUCUGCUCCAAAGAAGGACUCUGGCGCCUCCAAGGCUCCCGCUGGCAGAAUCUUUGCAUCUCCUUUGGCCAAGACUAUCGCUUUAGACAAGGGUAUCUCCUUGAAGAACAUCAAGGGCUCUGGUCCUAACGGUAGAAUUGUCGCCAAGGACGUUGAAAACUACAAGGCACCUGCCGUUCCUACAGCAUCUGCUCCGGUCACCAACGCUGCAGCUGACACCGGUGCUUCCUACGAAGAUAUUCCUCUCACCAGCAUGAGAAAGACAAUUGCUUCCAGGUUGUUGCAGUCCACUCAGCAGUCUCCUACAUACAUUGUCCAGUCGCAGCUCAAUGUGACCAAGUUGUUGAAGUUGCGCCAAUCCCUCAAUGCUACCGCCGAGGACAGAUACAAAUUGUCUGUGAACGACUUGUUGAUCAAGGCCAUUGCCUUAGCCUCCGUUAGAGUGCCUCAGGCUAACUCCGCCUGGUUGGCUGAGGAGGGCGUCAUCAGACAGUACAACAACGUGGACGUGUCUGUGGCCGUUGCUACCCCAACCGGUUUGAUCACUCCAAUUGUCAAGAACGCUCACAACAGAGGUUUGGCUGCUAUCUCCAAGGAGGUCAAGGAAUUGGGUAAGAAGGCUAAGGCCGGCAAGUUGGCUCCUGAGGAGUACCAGGGAGGUACUAUUUGCAUUUCCAACUUGGGCAUGAACCACGCUGUGAAUGCCUUCACCUCCAUCAUCAACCCACCUCAAUCCGCCAUUGUGGCCAUUGGUACUACGGACAAGAAGGCUGUGCCAAGCUCUGUCAACGAGCAAGGCUUUGUAUUUGAAGAUGUCAUUACCGUUACCGCUACUUUCGACCACAGAGUCAUUGAUGGGGCUGUGGGCGGAGAAUGGAUCCGUGAGUUAAAGAAGAUUGUCGAGAACCCCUUGGAGUUUUUGAUCUAA